GUGAGAGCAUGGUAUGAAGUAACGGUAGAUGAUGUGUGCGUGUUUUAAUUUGUGUGAGAAAAAAGUGAGGAUCCCAGGCAAAUCUGUGUGGUUUGGCUGAUUGUGUGUGUGUGUGUGUGUGUGUGUGCGUGUAUGUGUGUUUUGGUCACCAUGGUUUUCCUCAGACGGACACCGCUGCUUCGUUACGUGCUGCUGUCGGCCAUGUUGGCUCUGCUCCUCUUCAUCAGCUCUUUCUGGCUGCCCCAGGGUGGAGUCCGGGACUGUGGCAGCCCCUGGCAGCCAUGUUUGAGUUUUUACCACCAGAAGCCGGAGCCUCCAUGGGCCCCUGAGCAGUGGGCGGAGCCAGAUGGAGCCCUGUCCCUCGUAAAGGAGUGCCCUGGCCAGUCAUUUCAGGCUUCACAUCUGCUGCUGUACCUGAAAUCCAGCCUGGCAAACAACGAAGAUAUCCUGCUGGAGCCAUAUCUGAAGAGCUGGGACCAGCUGCUGAAGUUCAUGGAGUCGCUUGGGCCGAUGGUCAGUUUCUUCUCUCAGAAGGUGCAAGAAAAGGUUGUGCUGAUUCGAGAGCUGUCACUCAGACACAGUGCAGAGGCUAAUGGGAAACCCGCUGGACUACAAACCCCAGAAGCAUUUGGAUUAAAAACAGGGGCGUAUCGUUCUGUUAGAUCCAUGAUGGAGGCGGAGUUGAGAGCGGAUAUGGUAAACUUCUCGUACCGCACAGACUCAGGCUGCAGGACGCUGCUCCGGCUGCACCGUUCCCUCCUCUGGCUGAAGCUAAUGUUGGAGGGUUUGGCUGAAGGACCGAAUGAAAAUGGACAAUACAAAACGCCGGGGGAGCUGAGCAGGGAUGCCUACAAGGUGGCGCUGGCCCCACACCACCCCUGGGUGCUCCGGCAGGCAGCAGAAUUUGUCUUCCUCGCCCUUCCCAACAGACAGUACUUUCUGCAGCUGGUGUGUGUGCAGAACCAGCAGGAGGCUACGCCCAUCCUGCGCAUCAUCAUCGACGCCCUGAUGCUGGUGCACACACGAACUCAGCAGCUUCUGGCCGAGCGAGGCAUGCUGGAUCUGCCCUGACCAGCCAACUCAGUCUCACGGCAGUUUGUGAGACAGUCACAAUAUUUAAUCUUAAUCUUAUUUAAUCCUAUUUUUUCAUUACAAGAAUUUUCUCAUUUUUCUGAGAGAAGAAUGUAAAGUGUGAAACUAACUUUGAGACUACUACUACCACUACUAUAAGGUUUAGCAAUUGUAGAUCUACUUGGUUAGGUUUGAGCAUGAUGGAUUAGGUUUAAACGAAGAUCAUGGAUUGGCUUAAAACACAAUGGACCCAUGGAUGUGAGCAGUCAAACUAAGAAAAAACUGGAAACAUCAGGAACAAAACAAAACUUUCACCUCACAAAUUCAGAGAGGAUUCUACAGACUAUUCUGACUCUGGACAUGUUUAGGAUUUUUCAAUCUUUGGUUUAUUUGGAACAUAAAAUUCUGUCGAUUUUUUUCCCUUUUUUCACACAUGAGGAACAGAGGUUUGUAUGAACAAAUGAAAAAAGGUUAUUCGCUGAGGAGGAGCAUGAAGAUGGCAAUAAUUGUAAAUGACCUCAUUAAUAUUUUGUAAAGUGUUUUGUAAAGUUAUGAGUGACUAUUAUAUUGUUGGAGCGGAUGCUUUUAUUUUGAAAGUCACAGAGCGACAAGGUGACGUAAAUUAAGUGGCGUAAACUAUAUAGCAGAAGCGCGAGUUUUAAUGCACAGAGAGGUGGUGUGCUCUAUGGUUAAUGGACGGGAAUGGGAAAAAGAACGGCUAUUAAGGUGCAACACUGAGUCGAAAGCAGUUUCUUAGCACCUGGUUGAUGAGGGAACAAGGUUUGUAACAAAAUUUGUCCUGUAGAUAUGUAUUUGGUUGUUUUACGGAGCAUAUAGCUGCUGACCGCUACUAAGCAUAAAGGCUAAGUUUUCACCCACUAGAGGGCGCUAACGUACCUCGUCAUGUUUAGGCAGCGAUGCAACGAUUUCCCUGUUAUAUGCAAUAAUUUACAAGUUUUAGUGUUAUUUGUUAUGUAAGGUAAGGAGAAUUAAUUUGUGAUUAAUGAAUAAGUCAAAAGGUUAAAGGUAACACACUGUUUGAUUUACUAAUAGUCUUUUAUUCUGUAUGUUGUAGCUCUUACGGUGUGUUCACAUACACGGCUGUUUAAUAAAAGGAUUGUGAACCAUUUUCAACCGGGGAUGCUACAAUAAUAUCAAAAGAAAGAACUCAGGAUUUCAAAGUUUCAUUAGAGUUAUUGUUGACAAUAAUUUACACAAAUGUAAUAAAACUUUCCAU